AUGGAUCACGGAAGAAGAAAUUCUGAUAAUACUAAGGAUCAUCUUUUAAUGCUUGCCAAGAUUCAUCGAGCUUCCCCGACUCUUCCAAGAAACGACAUAAACAAUAUGCCUCAUAGGUACGGUAAUAGGGAAGGCCAGCGGCCGAACCAUUAUCCUCUCUUCGAAAGCAGAGAACUUCCUCAGCGAAGGAUCAAUGCAAAUAGAACGGGACCUGUCCCGCUGUACGAGUAUCCUGUCACCACUCCAGACAAGUCUUCUUUCGACUAUAGCCGAGCAAAAGUAGAGCCGCGAGCAGUCCCUCAGAAUGAGCGAGCGAUGAGGCUCGAGCCGGAAACUAGAUUCAAUGAUGUGCGUUACAUGAGAGGGAUUACUGACCCCGAUAAAAAGAUUGUGGGUGCAAUAUAUCAUCCUGUUGGAGAUCGUGCUGGAUUUGCUCGUGCGGAGCUCCAGCCACUUGACCGCCAGGGUAGAGACCAUAAUCGAAUGCUUCAUGAACGAGCGCAGCAUGCCCAACUUUCUAUCUAG